UGUCACCCCCAAUCAACACACCUGGCCACGUCAGCACUUCCCAUGCCACGUCACCCAAAGGUCACGGCCUCACACUACCCUGUCGUGCUCCCUAUCCCCCCUUCGUCUCCGCCCGCGGCAAGGGAAGCAGCUGCGCUCCAAACCCUGCCCCGGCCCCUCUCUGAUGGCCAUGGCGACCUCCACCUUCUCCCCGCGCCCCGCCUCCCCGUCCACCCUCAAGCGCCUGCGGACCGGCGCCAAGCCCCACCUCCACCUCUCCUUCGCCCGCCUCUGCGCCGGCCGCCUCGCGCGCGCCGCCGCCGGGGAGGCGCCCGUCGAGGCCCCGCCCAAGCAGCCGGACGUGGAUCUGUCCCCUGCCGCAGCCUCCAACGGGGCCGCCGUCAAGGCGGAGGCCCCCGUGGCCGUCGAGGCCGAGGCCGAGGCCGCGCCGGUGCCGAGGUUCCGCGACGCGAGGUGGCUGAACGGGACGUGGGACCUCAAGCAGUUCGAGAAGGGCGGCGCCGUCGACUGGGACGCCGUCAUCGACGCCGAGGCCAGGAGAAGGAAAUGGCUUGAAGAUUAUCCAGAGGCCACUGAUACCGAUGAGGCAGUUGUCUUCGACACUUCAAUUAUACCAUGGUGGGCAUGGAUGAAACGGUUCCACCUCCCUGAAGCUGAGAAGCUAAAUGGCCGUGCUGCCAUGGUCGGCUUCUUCAUGGCUUACUUUGUUGAUAGCUUGACGGGCAUGGGGCUUGUCGACCAAACAGGCAACUUUUUCUGCAAAACCCUGCUGUUUGUUGCUGUGGCUGGUGUACUGCUGAUCAGGAAAAACGAGGACCUCGAGUCACUGAAGAAGAUUAUUGAUGAAACAACGUUCUACGACAAGCAAUGGCAGGCAACUUGGCAAGAGGAUUCCCCUGCCGAGCGGAAGAAGUAGCUCGGUGUUGGGAUCUGAAUGUUUUACUAUGUUGUAUUUCGUUCUCCGGCCUUUUGUUUCCCUGUUUAGUGAGGCUUGGAACAUUUUGAUGAACCUAAUACCUACCUCGUCUCGUAAAAAGUACGAACUCACUUUCUGUGCUAGAGAUAAUUUUGCCGUUGGUUCA